GGUCCCUUCGAUUCGCUAUUGCGGUUUGCGCUCCCCUCUCCUCGCUUCUUUCCUAUUGCUCUGUCUGAAUUUCUUCUCGUGGGCGGAUUUCGAUAUCGCAUCCUUCUUUUUGGGCUAGGGUUUUCAUCUUGUCACUGAUUCUCGUCCAUGCCAUGGAAGAGUGUUUUUGGUUUUUUUGGCUUGGGAGAAUGAAUGCACCAGCUAAAACUCAGGAGCAUCGUCAGUAUGGACAUGAUGAAACUUUUUCUUAAAGAAGAACGGUGUUGUUAGAAUUACCAAGAACUAUAACACAUCUCAUUUGGUUGCUUUUUUAGCUGAGACUGUGGAAGCAUGAAUCAUUUUUGUGAUUAUUGUGGGGAGCAAAGAUCCAUAGUCUAUUGUAGGUCUGAUGCUGCUUCUUUGUGUUUGUUCUGUGACCGGAAUGUCCAUUCUGCAAAUGCACUUUCUCGGCGCCACUCUCGCACACUUGUGUGUGGGAGAUGCAAUGCACAACCUGCUGUUAUCAGAUGUAUCGAGGAAAGUGUUUCUCUUUGCCAAAAUUGUGAUUGGAAUGGACAUGGCGGGUCAGCAAUGGUUUCAGGGCAUAAAAGACAGACAAUAAACUGUUACUCAGGCUGCCCUUCUGCUGCAGAACUUUCAAGAAUGUGGCCAUUUUUACGGAAUUUAUCCUCUGGGGUUGAGUCUGAUUGCGAACAGGGACUAGGCUUGAUGACUAUCGAUGAGAACAGUGUUAGUAAUUGUUGGGAACCUUCAGGAGGCAACAUUAACAGAGAUACUUCAUUUCCACAGAAAGUUAAAGACCUAGAGAUCAUUGAUAAGCAAGAUCCAUGGAUUGGAUCAUCCUCAGGGUCUGCAUUAUGUCCAUUGCCAUCUACUGCUGAUCUGGCUGGUUCAUCACAUUCAGUAAUUGAAAAGCUAGGUUGUCCAGGGAUUAAAGAGAUUGAAUUCAACAAAGGUGAUUUCUAUGCAGAUUUCAAUGUGGAUGAUGUUGGCUUGACAUUUGAAAACUAUGAAGAACUUUUUAGUGCAUCUCAUAGCCAAGCAAGUCAUCUUUUUGAUGAUGAUGGUGGAAUAGAUAGCUUUUUUGAUAUUAGGGAGGCUUCUGCUGCAAACUCUGACUGCCAGGAUCUGGUUGGACAAGCUCAUCUGAUAUCUCCUGGAGAGGAAAAGAUUACACAGGCAACGUGUCAUGCAGUAUCUACUGAUGCUUUGAUGUCAAAUCCAGGAAAAAAAGCUGAUUUGAGCCUGUCUUUUCCUCCACGCAAAGCUCACUCCAACAUAUCCCUUUCCUUUUCUAGCUUGACUGGUGAUAGCAACGGUGGGGAUUAUCAAGAUUGUGUUGUAUCAUCAAUGCUUCUUAUGGGCGAACCUCAAUGUUUUGUGGCUGGUCUUGAAAGUUCUUCACUGCCUAUAGUUACCAGGGAUAGUGCUGUCAUGCGUUACAAGGAAAAAAAGAAAGCACGCAAGUUCGAUAAAAAGAUCAGGUAUGCGUCUCGAAAGGCUAUGGCAGAGGUGAGAAGGCGUGUAAAAGGGCGAUUUGUCAAGGCUGGUGAAGCUUAUGACUAUGAUCCACUUGCACAGACAAGAAGCUGUUGAGUGCACAGCCUAUCUCAUUUCAAGUAACAUCAGUUGGUAGAUAUUUGUGUGAAGUGGAGACAGAAACAGGUUAGACAUACCAUGCAAUCAGAAUAUUUAUUUGAUCAAAGAUGAAGAAACAAUGAGAAAGAAGACGGCAUUUGACUGGCAGCAAAGGUUCCAAAUAUUAAUUCAAUCUUAUACUGUCUAGUCUGGAAAUAUCAAAUAUGAGUUCUCCAACUCCAAUGGCACAACCUUCUGAUCUUGAUAUGUUGGUCUUAGUAUUUGAUUUGUUAGCAGAUUGAAUGAAUAUGUCCUAAAUUCUCAAAUUGCCAAUGUACAUGGUUUACUAUGUUACUAAUGAUCCAAUAACAAGUCCUUGAACCUCAAUCAUAUAAAUCUUCCUCUUCA